CUUAUUGUAGCUCCAGAAUUGUCUCCGAAAAGCAAGUUCGGCGCCAUGGGGGCCAGUUGCAAGGUGCUGAAGGACCAAGCUGUGUGUGGCCUUCCCAACGCCUCCAAGGACCCAGGGGAGCCAUGCUGCAAGGUAACGAAGGAUGUGAAUUGCGAGGGCGACCAGGUUGAAAUGCUAGGAGCCACCAGUUCGGGGUGGCCUGAAGCAAACCUGCGAGCAGGAGGUGAUGGCGAAGGGGCGCUUUUCCGAAGUGGGGGUCCCUACUGGGAAAACUACUUUAAGGCGGAGGUGACGAUGGAUGGGUCAAAUUCACUGAUGGAAAGCAUUGAGAAACAGAGUCAGAGGCAUCAUUGCAAAGUGCAGUUCCCAACAGGAUCUUGAUGGCCAUGGGAUGAGGCUGUUCUGAAUGCGAUCUUUUUCAAUCUGCAUGAGGUGACGACUUCAGCUCCGUCUUGGAAGAUCAGAAAUUUCUCCAUCACAGCCGUAUCGAAAAAAAAACGCAGUUGAUGAAGGAGUCCUGUGCAGGUCGCUCCAGAAAGGCUUGGCCGUCCAACUGUUCUCAGCUGACUUGAAGAGAAGAUGCAAUAAGAGCUGCUGCUUGAGGAUGUACUUCCACGUCAGUCAACUCGAAGGUGAGUUGAGUAGGCAGUAGGCCCAGUAGGGGUGAGUUGAGCUUGAGUUUUUUUAGAUGGCGGAACUCAAUGGUUCCUACCCCUUGGUCCGAUAUUACAUAGCUAUGGAAGCCCCCAUCAUGCCAUCUAGUUGGAUGGAUUCCCUUGAGAAAAACAUGGUGAAACCCUCCAGAUCGAAAAUUCCUCGUUUACUGGAUACCCAGCUUCCAGUCAAUGCAGAAGAAACAUAGAUGCCAAAGCUCAAAAGUUGUGCGCUUGUGGGGAGGAGAGAUGGAG